AUGUAUUUCGCUCUUGCCCUGCUGUCGCUUGUUUCGAUCUUCUCCCGCAGUCUUGCCUACCAUGACCUCAGCGACGAUUCGCUCAAGAGCCUUCCCAGCCCAGGCGAUGACUUCAACAUCAAGACUGGAGCACUGCUGGCGCCCAUUCUACGACCGCGGGUGUCAGGGACGGAGGGCAAUGUGGCGGUGCGACAGCAUUUCAUCGACUUCUUCAAGACGCACCUGCCGGAAUGGCGCAUUGAGCUGCACAACUCAACUUCUACGACGCCAGUGAGCAAGGGGAAGGAAGUGCCUUUCGUCAACCUGAUUGCAACUCGCGAUCCGCCUGGAACCAAUGAGGGCGAUGUCUCCCGGCUGGCACUGGUAGCGCACUACGACAGCAAACUCACACCGAAAGGAUUUAUUGGUGCAACAGACAGCGCAGCGCCGUGCGCCAUGCUGCUACACGCUGCGCGCACACUUGAUGCGGCGUUGACCAAGAAGUGGGCGGGAGGAGCCGGCGACGACCUGGAUGUGGGGCACAAGGGCGUGCAGAUAUUGUUGCUGGACGGCGAGGAGGCCUUCAGGAGCUGGACCGACUCAGACAGCCUGUACGGCGCACGUGCUCUGGCUGAAGAUUGGGAAUCAACUUUCCACACGGCCGCCUCGACAUACCGUACGCCCCUCGACUCGAUGGAGCUCUUUGUGCUGCUCGAUCUACUGGGCUCCGCCGGCCCACGCGUACCUUCGUACUUCAAGACAACUCAUUGGGCAUACAAGCAUAUGGCUACUGUCGAAGACCGCCUGCGCAAGCUCAAGCUGCUACGCUCAUCGCCGAACCACCCUGAUCGCAUGGCGAAGCGUGAAAACAAGAAGCCGCGCGCCGAGCCGCACUUCCUAUACGAAAAGAACAAAGCCGACAGUUCUUUCAUGGGCGGCUUUGUGCAGGACGACCAUGUGCCUUUCAUGGCGAGAGGUGUGGAGAUUCUGCACAUCAUUCCAACGCCAUUUCCACGAGUGUGGCAUGAGAUUGAGGAUGAUGGAGAGCAUUUAGAUAUGGACACUGUAGAAGAUUGGACGAAGAUAGUCACAGCAUUCGCAGCUGAGUGGAUGGAGUUGGAAGGCUUCUUGGACUUCAAAGCAGAGAGGCGACGGGAUUCGGUAGUGGAGAAGUCGGAACUGUAA